CUCAACUUUCAGUGCUGAGUGAAAAGUUGUCGCGGGUGUGUCGUGCAAAAUUUCUAUCUCGAUACUUUCAAAGAAAAUGCCAAUCUUUUCCAAAUUUGCGUUGCUAAGAGGCAGUGAACAUCUUAUCAGACAACAGGCGCGUGGCUAUUCGAGUGCGAAGCCGGCCAUUGCGCAAUUCUCGGAAAUAUUGAAUGAACAAAUCAAAUCAAUCAAAGAUGCUGGCACAUUUAAAAGGGAACGCGUAAUAACAUCUUCGCAGAGCACCGAGAUAACAGUCCAGGGCAGCGAUAAAAAAAUAUUAAAUUUCUGUGCAAAUAAUUACUUGGGCUUAGCCAAUAAUCCAGAAGUAGUCAAAUACACAAAAGAAAUAGUGGAUCAAUACGGCGCUGGAUUAAGUUCAGUGCGUUUCAUAUGUGGAACACAAGACAUUCACAAGAACUUAGAAAAAAAAAUUGCCAAAUUUCAUGGACGCCAAGAUGCUAUACUCUUCCCUUCUUGUUUCGAUGCCAAUGCAGGUCUCUUCGAGGCAAUUUUAACACCAGAAGAUGGUGUGUUCUCCGAUGAACUCAAUCAUGCUUCAAUCAUUGAUGGUAUUCGUUUAUGUAAAGCCAAGAAGCAACGGUAUAAGCACAGAGAUAUGGCAGAUCUGGAAGAGCAAUUAAAAACAAGCGAUGCUCGUCUCAAACUUAUCGUAACAGAUGGUGUUUUCUCUAUGGAUGGAAAUAUUGCUCCUUUACCACAAAUAUGUGAUCUAGCAGAUAAAUACAAUGCUCUUGUAUUCAUAGAUGAAUGUCAUGCAACAGGGUUCUUU